GGGAAGGAGGAAGACGACGGGCUGGAGAGGAGGACGACGAAAUGGGGGGGUGGGUGGGGGGAGGAGGGAGGAGAACAGGAGGAAGUGAGGAGGAUGGAGAGGAGUACGACGAGAGAUAAGAGGAGGAGAAGCGGACGGGCAGGAUGGCGACGGGAGGAAGUGUGGAGGAGGACAAAGACGAGGAGAAGCAGAAGAGGGGGGAGACGAGGAGAAGCAGAAGAGGGGGAAGACAAGGGGGAGGUGGAGGAGGAGGAGCAGCAGCGGAGGAGGACGAGGGGGAGGAGGACGAUGGGCUGGUGACACUCGCCGUCGGGACAACAAUAUGGCGAUGGGCGGGAUGGGUUGCUCCUCCUCGAUGGCCGCAACGACGAUGUUCCUCCUCAACGGCAGCAACAACAGGCAAGAUGGCGACGGGCAGAACGGCAGCACGGCAGUGACCUCGACCCGUUGACAAUGGAAAUCUUCCAACGGUUGCCUUUCACCCGUACGGUACGCCGCCGAAACUGCAUUGCAAUGCCUUGAUGGCGGAGUUAUGGAAGUAUUUGCACACUGCAGUACCAACUCCGUUAACGGAUGACAGAGUAGCAGUUGUUGACCUUCACGAGUAUAUUGCGAAGAUCAACCGCAAGUCCGCCAUGCAACGAUUAGCAAACCUCCGCACCACUUACUACGCUCACUAUGAAAAGCAACGACUAGCGAGGGAAGCUUCUGCCCCUCCCACCCGGACUAAGGUCCCUCCCUCCGAUGGACAGCUUCGUCCUCGCAGGUCAUUACAUAACAAUAACUUCACUGGUGCGUUCCCGCCAGAGAUAGGAUCGUUGAGAGACCUGGAGAUAUUGAAGCUUCAUCGUAACAGUAUUUUUAGUAACAUCCCAGAGGAACUAGGGAAACUUGACAAGCUAGAAACAUUGAUGCUCACUCGCAAUAAACUGAUAGGUGGCCUGCCGGAAUCACUGAGGGGUCUAACAAACAUUCAACAACUUGGGAAGAGUACUAGCCCCUAUACUGCGGCUCAACAAGAGCAGAUGGCCGCCCUAGUGAGAGAGAAUAGGGAAAAGAAAGAGCUCUUGAAGCAGGCGAAGCUAAAGGCGAUCGCAGAGGAGCAGGCGGCGAAAAGGAAGAAGUUGGAGGAGGAGAUGAUGAGGAUUCAGCAGGAGGAGGAAGAAAGAAGAAAGGCUGUUGAAGAAGAAGCAGCAGCAGAAGUAGAAGAAGAAGAGCGCCUUGAGAGAAGACGCAGGGAAGAAAGAGGGGAGAGCAGUAGCACGAAGGAGGAAGAUGCCAAAAUGGAGAAAAAGAUCAGUGAUUGGGUGGCAAAUUUGUCGUUGGGAGAAGAUGAGGAGGCGCAACGAUAUGUGCCACAGGAGGAGAAGGAGGUGUUUGCCAAGGCUUUGGAAAUGAUAGAUGACCCCCUGGAACGUCAAGAGACAGAAGAUGAGAAAAAGUUGGAGUGGAAGCUGCGCAUGAAGAGGGAGAAGAAGAGAAGGAGGGAGGAAGCUGCCCGAUUGGUUGCAGAGGUGGAGAAAAUACGAGGGUGCAGGCAAGAAUUGCAAGCACGAGCAGAGGUCCCUGCCAAGUUAGAUAAGAUUGUCGGGUACCUGAAGGUGCUAAGUGAGGCUUGGAUGGAGGAACGCCAAAGCAACGGGGGUCACGAUGUGGCCCUGCAGGCCAUGCGGGCUGGCUUUAGGGAGUUUGCGCGCGACAUGGUGACCCACGUCGGGGCCGAAGUGAAAGGGUUAAAAGAGGGCGUAAGGAAGUUUUGUGAGGGCGCCAUUGAGGGCGCCAAGGUAGUAGCCACCACUGAGAGUGAGUCUAGACCCCGCAGGGAACCAGUUAAGCUGAAGUUCCCAGAUGCCUAUGGCAGGAAGGCUGACGAAAACUUCGAUAAUUGGGAGGCUAGUGUGAACACCUAUAUACACCUACAGUUGAUUGCAGAGGACGAUCAGUGGAAGAGUGCAAGGGCACUCAAAGCUGUCAUGGACGACCUGGUGGCCGUCGUGGACCAUGGGGUUACUGAGCCCCAACUCGUCCAACUCUUCUAUCAUGCCAUGUCGGAGCCCUUACGAGGGCACUUCUUUGACAAGUCCCAACAACCCACUAUGACGUAUGAUGCGCUGAGUAGAGAAGUGGUGUUGUUCGAGGCAAAGUCAAUGCCAGUUUCCACUUUCUGGCACAAAGACUUAGACAAAGUAAAAAAGGAGCAGUUAGAGGAUCAGGUCUUCGUAGUGUAUGUUAGACCUGUCACUGAGCCUAAGGAAGGGGAUAGUUCCAUGGAUCCAACCAUUGCCAAGCUGCUGGAAGAGUUCAAAGACUUAUCUGAGUCGCCGACAGGAGUAGUGACGCGGUUGAUCCGACACAGGAUAGAGAUAGAGCUUGGCAGUAGAACUCCUAAGGGAGCAGUCUACAUGAUGUCCCCCAGAGAGUUAGAGGAGUUGCGCAAGCAGUUGGAUGAGCUCCUUGAGAAAGGCUGGAUUAGGCCCAGUUCGUCUCCUUUUAGAGCACCAGUUUUAUUUGUCCCCAAGAAGGAAGGAGAGUUGCGCAUGUGUAUACACUACAAGGGUCUGAAUGCUAUCACAGUCAAGGAUGUUGAACCACUGCUCAGAAUAGACAAUCUCUUAGAUCGGGUGCAGGGUUGUAAGUAUUUCUCAAAGAUAAAUUUGAAGUCCGGGUACCAUCAGAUAGAGGUCCAUCCUGAUGACCAGUAUAAGACUGCGUUCCAGACUCGUUAUGGGCAUUAUGAGUUCACAGUGAUGCCCUUUGGACUGACCAAUGUGCCAGCCACGUUUCAGCAUUGUAUGAACGAUCUGUUUAGGCCUUGGUUAGAUAGAUUCGUCGUAGUAUAUCUAGACGAUAUCUUAGUAUUCAGUAGGACCCGCCAGGAGCACCAGGGUCAUUUGAGGCAGGUCUUGGAGAAGCUGAGAGAGGCUAACUUCAAGAUCAAUGCGAAGAAGUGUGAGUGGGCCAAGACACAAGUCUUGUACUUGGGCCACGUGUUAGACGGCGAUGGCAUCAAGCCCGAGGACAGUGCUGCCGCCGAGCUGACCGCCGUCCUGUUAUCGUUGUGUGCAGGUCGCGGGCGCACAGGGAGUCCCGGCUAUGGCGCCAGUUCUAACUUGAGCUCGAGCUGGCGGAACCAUGGAAUUGGGUCCGUCUUCGUAGAGUUGCAGAAGAUCUCGUCCAUCGAACUUCGGAAUAGUCUCGUGUGUGGACGUGGUCAGGCGAACGGCGGCAGCGCAGAUCUGCUGCUCAAGUUGUUGAGUGGCCACUUGCUGUGCCCGUGCGCCGUCCAUGAGCGUUCCAAUGUUGAUCUCCAAUGCGUCGAGGCAAUAGGCGGUGUUGGAGGAGCUGGCAACGGGAGUGGCGACGGGUUGUUGCUCCAGCUGCUUGAGGCGACUGUUGACGUGCUUGACCUCUUUGUCGAGGGAAUGGAUAUCCUCCUGUUGUGCAAUGCAUGUCGCCAGGAGGUCUGUGAGAUCUACGACAUUAAACUCAACAAGACUUCUGGUCGACACCCCGAAGCCAAUGGAUUGGCCGAGGAAAUCAACCAGACUGUCAUUCAAUUACUUCGCGUGUUAAUUGUUCCAGAUCAGAACAUGUGGGACAAGGAGCUACACAAAGCGAAGGGGUUGUACAAGAACUCCAUUCACUCUGCAACUGGUGUGACACCGAAUCAGUUGCAAUAUGGUUGGCAGCUGCGAAAUCUUCUCUCCUAUCUGUUCCCCGAACGGUCACCUGGUCUGACGCCCGGCAUGCUUGGCUACAAUGCUAAGUACGCACGCUUGCUCAAAGCUGCUAUCGCAGCAAUGAACAAGCGUCAGCAUGCCAUGAUCAAACAUGCUAACAAGUCGCGCAAAGAAGGGAACUUCGAAGUAGGAAGUUAUGUCUGGGUCAAAAUGUCUGAGUUUUCUGACGAAGAGGGCGUAUCACGAAAGCUUCUUCCAUUGUACUAUGGCCCUUGGCAGGUUCUAAAGGUGAUUGGGGAUGAUUUUGCAAGCUGCGGUCGUGAUAUGGUGGCUUACUCGAAGAGAACCGCUCUCCAUACCUUCCUGGAUACGCUGCGCAACCGCUUCCAAGACAAGACUAAAACCAUUAGGACCGCUGAAAAGCUUAAUAGCAUCCAUCUUCGAAAAUGGAAGAGUGUGUCAGCCUUGAAGGCCACGAUGGAUGAGUUGUUACAGACCGAAGAUCAUGGACUGACUCCUGAUCAGAUUUUGAACAACUUUGCUAGAGCUCUCCCCGAUCCCAUCAAGAGCAACCUCUAUGCUAAGGUCAAGGAGAAUGGGAUGACCUGCGACCAGUUUAGCAAGAUGGUGGUGGAUCAGGCUGAAGCAAACUGUCAUUGGUACAAAGACUUGGAGAAAGGAAAGCAUUGGAAAGGUAAGACUAUUGCGGGGAGUAUUACGGGCAAGGACAACCUAGUAGUGAUGUUUGAAGGAGGAGGUUGUGAGGCCCUAACUUAUGAUAAAAUUGAAUAUGGAUUGGAUGAGGACAAUGGUGAAGUCCAGGGAGGUGAUUUGGCUGCUGUAGUUCACGGUGGAGGACGAGGAGGAAGAGGCGGCCGAGGUAGAGGAGGUCGUGGUUGGGGUGGAAGAGGACGUGGCUAUCAAGGGGAAUGCAGCAAUGGAGGUUUUGCAGAGGGAGCCACAAGCGGAGUGGUAGAGCGGGAGAUCAAGCACCGGAUUGAGAUAGAACCCGAUGGCAAGAUUCCCAGGGGCGCGGUUUAUAGGAUGUCUCCCAAGGACCUUGAUGAACUGUGCAGGCAGCUAUAUGAGCUAAUUGAGAAGGGUUGGGUAAAGCCGAGUUCAUUACCGUACGGUGCACCAGUUUUGCUCGUGCCAAAGAAAGAGGGUGAAUUGCGAUUGUGCAUUGAUUACCGGGGAUUGAAUGCUAUCACGAUUAAGAAUGUUGAACCGUUGCCUCAGAUUGGUGAUUUGUUAGACAGGGUGCAAGGAUGUAAGUAUUUCUCCAAGAUUGAUCUGAAGUCCCGGUACCACCAGAUUGAGAUCGAAAGGUCGCCACCUGGCACACGUCAGUUUGACAUUCAGUAUGAGAAGGGUUUGCAACAUGUGGCUGAGAACAUCAGGAAGGCCCAACAUCAGAUGAUGGAACAGGCGAACAAGCACCGUCGUCCGUCACAGUUUGCGAUAGGUGAUCUUGUCUGGGUUAAGUCUAAGGAGUUUAUUCCCGAGGAAGGGAUUUCGCAGAAGUUGCUACCUGCAUACAGAGGGCCGUGGCAAGUGCUAUAUGUCAAAGGUGACGCAGAUGGACCGUCAUACACCAUCGAGAUUCCACCCCAUCUGCACACCUAUCCCGUUUUUCACGCCUCUAAGCUCCUUCCCUGUGUGACUAAUGAUGCAUUCCCCUCGCGCAGAUCUAUGAUUCCACCUGAUAUGGAUGGAAGAUAUGAUGUAGAGAAGAUUGUAGCUGAGGAUACCUUCCGUACAGGUCGUAGAGGGAGACCGCAAAGACAAUACAAGAAGCAGCAGAAGAAGAAGAAGAGGAGGACGAGGACGAGGAAGAGCAGGCGGAGGAGGAAGAAACGGCGGUCAAGGCACGUGGGAAGGAACUACUUCACCGGUCCUCUCCCUAAAGGCCUUGAAACUAAAAAACUGAUGGCUGCUCACAACUACUUCAAUGGAACAUUCCCAAUGAAUGCAGAAAGUUCAGGAACCCGAUCAUGUGACGGAAGGAGGAGGAGGAAGAAGAAGGAGGAAGAAGGAGGAGGAAGAAGGGGGAGGAAGAGCAAGGAGGAAGGAGGAAGAAGGGGGGGGAAGAAGAAGGAGGAAGAAGGAGGAAGAAGGCGGAAGGAGGAGGAGGAGGAAGGAGGAGGAAGAAGGAGAAGGAAGGAGGAGGGAGGAGGAGGAGGACGAAGGGGUGGAUGGCGAGAUGGGAUGGUGGGAUGGGUGGCGAGAUGGGAUGGUGGGAUGGGUGGCGAGAUGGGAUGGUGGGAUGGGUGGCGAGAUGGGAUGGUGGGAUGGAUGGCGAGAUGCGAUGGAAGAGAAAGGAGGAGGAAGGAGGAGGAAGAAGGAGGAGGAAGAAGGAGGAAGAAGGAGGAAGAAGAAGGAGGAGGAAGAAGGGAUGGAUGGCGGCACUCGCACGCCAUGAAGUCCAAUCAGACGCGAGUUGUCAAGACGCCAGGCAGAAGUCUCACAUUCCAGUACCCCGGGAAGAGAGGGCAGGGACCCAAAUGCGGCAAGUGUCCCAAGAGACUUCCUGGGAUACCCCAUAGGCGUCCUAUGGACUACAAGAGGAUGUCCCUCGGACAAAAGAGAGUCGAGCAUACGGUGGAAGCAUCUCCCGUGCAGCCUGCCGCUGUUUCCCCCGGCGCUCCACCAUGCGGCCCGGGCAUACAGUCAGUUGUGCCUCCUCCUCCAGGACCUGCGCCGACUUAUUCAGCCGUAGCGCAGUCCUCUGCUUCCCAUUCUCCUCGCCGCCAAAACGGUGGCGCACCACUCGUCCGCUUGACGGACAUUGCCUUGUAUGACGGUACAGGCAUACGCGUGUCUCGGUGGCUACAGUCUGCCACCCGCACGCUCCAGCUCAUGGGUGCCACACCCGACACGUGGGUGGGUCACCUCUCCACGCGCCUGCGUGGCGGUCCUUCCGACGCCUGGGAGGAUUUCUACGCUUACUCCGUUCAUGCGGGUCGGACUCCGACCUUCAUGGACUUCCAUGCGUUCCUCGAGGAUCGCUUCGGAGCCCGAAAUGAUGUGACUGACGCCUUCGAGCGUGUCGUCACUACACGCUGGUCCGGCUCUGGUGGCACUGCCGGCCUGGAUCGCCACAUUCAGGUCUUUCAGGACGCCCGCCUCAUUUGUGACAUGGUGUUCCUCCCCGAGGCGGCCCUUAUCGAUCGUUUCUUGGCCAGCAUUCCACUCGAGUACCGCUCCGAGCUAUGGCGGUACGAGUUCACAUCGGCCCCGCAGGCUUACGAGGCCGCCAGGGACCAUCAGCGGAUGUGGGCGCGUCUUCACCCCGCCUCCUCCUCCCAGCCACAGGGUACUGGUUACACCUCCUCCUCCUCUCACGACACUUCCCAGCGCCGUUCCCCUUUCCGCGGUCGCCCCCGCCGUCCCACGCAGCAGGGCCGCCACUUCUCGUGCCGCUUCAGCGCGCUCGAGUAUGCCACGGUGCAGUGUACACCUGCGCCCUCCUCAGUAGUCGGCUUCCCGACAUCCCCGUCGCGGUUUGCCCCUCUCGCUACUGGAGUUGAGGUCUCGCAGGAUCUGACAGAGUGUAUUCAGCCCUCUGUCGCAGUACCGUCUGCGCCUCCGCAGACCACCGUCUCCCCUCCUUCCCCACCGCGACUACCGACGCGUCGAGCCAUCCGCUCAGCCCGUUGCAGCGAGCAGCUUGCGACUCGCGAGGACGUUGUGUCCUCUCUUCUGGACUUGAGCAUGCUCCAGGCUCGUCAGGAGCGACUCACCCUCUAUGUCGCUGCCAUGCGUUGCCUUCUCACUAUCCUCUUUGACCCUGAUCGCAACCUCCCGAUCAUCCCCGUACGACUGGGGACCUCCACGAGGGUGUACUCAGCGUUGUGGGAUUCCGACUCUCAGGGCGACUUCAUUCACCCACGUGCGGUGAAAGAAGCCCGCUUACCCACGACCGGGUCUCCGACUCCCAUCUUUGUCACCCUAGGGGAUGACAAGACCCAGAGCUUCUUCGAUCAGACGGUCACCGACCUCCCUUUCUUCCUCACUCUCGAGCCGACUGAUCGUCCGCCGGCGUCUCGUCGCCACCGCUCCUCUGCACAUUUCGAUGUGAUGGAGACCGGGUACGACUUCAUUCUCGGCACUCCGUGGUCUCGUCGGUUCCGCAGCACCGAGGCCGAUUGGGCGACCAACACUCUCGUUCUCAAAACGAAGUGUGGACAGACGUAUCGCGUACCUUUCAUAGGUACCACCGCGGCACCACGCCCCCAUCCUCCUCCCCCGAAGCCUUUCGUGCCCACACCACCUCCUAUCACUGUCACCUCGCCUCGGCAGUUCGCCCACUUCAUCCGACAGGACGACGUCACCUUCUUUAUGGUGAACGUGAUGGAUCUCUUACACUAUGAUCCACCCUGUCUCGACGUCGAGCUCAUCCCUCUGGAGCGAGAUCCUCCUUUUAUCUCCAUGGCUCCCAUCUCUACUUCCGUCCCUCCGCCGUCCGUCGAGUCCACACCGCCGUUGCGCGUUGACGCUGAUGCUGAGGAACUUGCACGAUAUACGGCUGACCUGGAGCCCGCAGUUCGUGACCUCAUCCGAGAGUACCACGACGUUUUCCCAUCGUCGUUCUCGUACGCCGACAUCCCACCGAUGCGUGACGUCGAGCACUCCAUUCAGCUUGUGCCUGACUAUCGUGUUCACCACCAAGCACCCUACAGACUCUCGAUCCCUGAGGCCAUCGAACUCAAGCGUCAGCUUGAGGAGCUCCUGAGACUGGGUUUCAUUAAACCCAGCAACUCCACGUGGGGUGCACCCGUCCUCUUUGCUCGCAAAGCGGAUGGAACUCUUCGUCUCUACAACGACUACCGCGGUCUCAACCGCUACACGGUUAAGAACAGCUACCCCAUGCCCCGUUCCGAUGAGCUGUUCGACCGCCUAGCAGGCAACCGCUUCUUUACGAAGAUUGAUCUUCGUAGCGGUUACCAUCAGAUCCGCGUCGCUGCAGCCGACCAGCCGAAGACCGCGUUCCGAUCGCAAUUCGGCCACUACGAGUUCACGAUGAUGCCAUUCGACCUCACCAACGCACCCGCUACCUUUCAGAGGGCGAUGAACGACAUCUUCAGGGACAUACUGGAGCAGUACGUUCUCGUCUACCUCGACAAUAUCCUGGUCUACAGUCGUACCCUUGAGGAGCACCUCAGACACCUCCGCGACGUCCUUGACCGCUUGCGCAGACAUGGCUUCUACGCCAAGCUGAGCAAGUGCCGCUUUGCCCAGCAUAAAGUGGAUUUCUUAGGACACUACGUGUCUGACCAGGGUCUCCACAUGGACGACGCGAAGAUCACUGCUAUUGCGGAGUGGCCCGCUCCCACAUCCGCCAAGCAGUUUCGCAGCUUCCUAGGCCUGACCAGCUACUAUAGUAAUUUCAUUGGGGGAUACGCUAGGUAUUCCUACAUCCUUACCUCCACCUUCCUCCGGAAGAACCCACCCUGGGCUUGGACACCCCUCCACGAGGAGGCCUUCCGCGCCCUCAAGAAGGUGGUGAGAUGCGCACCGGUUCUUCACCUACCUGAUUUUGACCGCCCUUUUAUCCUUACCACCGAUGCGUCAGACUUCGCUGUAGGACCAAUGCUUUCUCAGGUCUUCCCUUCCUCUCCUGAUUCCUCUCAUCCUCGUAUCUCUCGCUUCCCACCACCUACCCCUGCCACUGCUUCCCGACUGACGCCUACUCGUCUAACUACUGACGAGCCUUCUAUUGACUAUUCUCCUACCAUCGCCGAGGACGACACUGUGGAGUAUCGCUCAGGUGAUUGUCCGAUAGCCUUCUACUCCCGUCAGCUCCUGCCCGUUGAGAUAAACUACACCGCUGAUGAACGUGAGGUUCUCGCAGUAGUUUAUGCCGCUCGGCAUUGGCGUCACUACCUGCACGGGGCACCAUUCACGGCCGUCGGUUCUGAUACGGCUUCUGGCCCGGUCAGCUUCCGUGUGAAGCUGCCCGACUAUCUGCGCCAGGCUCGAGUGCACGAUGUCUAUCACGUCUCGUUACAAUGUUCUUAUCGCAGACCGUCUGAGCGUUUCGCUGGACGACCAUACGAGCGCCCUCCACCCAUCAUGGUGGAUGGCAACGAGGAGUUCCUCGUUUCAGACAUCAUUGGCCGUCGAGUCACCGACGACAACCCUCCCCACGUCGAGUAUCUCAUACGUUGGAAGGGUUACCCUGAUGAGGAGGCUACCUGGGAGCCCCUCGAGCACUUGCAGCACGCUCGCAUGUUGGUGCGUGCCUAUGACCGUGCKCGUCGUGCUGGGUUCACUGCUCCUCCUCAGCCCACUGACCCUCCUCCUUCUCCCCCGGCUGAGGAGACCGCUGAAGUCGAGCCUGCCCCAUCUGAGGCAGACCUUCAGCAGCAGCCGGAUGCUUCUGAGCGUCCACAGCGCACUCGUCGCGGCACAUCGGCGGGGGCGCUGCGCCCCGUUCACGCAGACGGACCAGGCGAUGCCAAGCGGCAGCAGCGACGGGAGGGAGGGUGUAGUGCGGCGGCGCGCUGCAAGAUUGGGGGAGGGAGACGACAUUUCGGACUUGCAGAACUAAAGGCAACACCUUGGGCCAGGGUGGUGACUAAUUGCUUGGAAAAUGAAACCGGGCAGAGGAAUCCAGAGGACUGCAACGAGUUCUAUCACAAUGGAUCUAUUGCAGGCUGCAAGCUCUGUGUAGAUUGGCUGUAUUUAGAUCUGGAUACCUGCAAUUGCCUUUUUCCUAUUGAAGUGAAGCUGCGAUCGCUCGAUCCUUUGUCAUCGUCCAACAACCUUGUUCAGGAAGUCGCAUCCGGCCUCAACACUACUGCGGACAAAAUCAUCCACCGAACGUGGUUGUCCGAGAAUCACACAGUGGUGUUCUGGAUUCUUCCUCCAAAGCACGAUCGAUUCAGUCGCCGCAAGGAGGAUGAGCUGAGACGUUUGUUCAGUAACCAGUCAGUCACUCUGAAGACAUUCGGUCCCUAUGAACUGGUGGAGCUACUGAAUCGUCAGGAGUGGGUGGAAACAGCUCCACCCAGCAUUUCGCCUGUGUUUAACAUGAAUACUAAGACCAGCACGAGAAAGGGCGGCCUUCAAACAUUUCAUCUGGUUAUGAUAGUCAUAAGUGGUUCGAUUGUUAUCGGAGUUUUGCUGCUGGUUCUUGGCUUCUUCGUAAUACGGCACUUGAAGAGUUGGCGGAAGAGGCACAAAUCAUUCACCAGGACACGCUGUAGCUCCAUGAGAAACUCAGCGACUGCACGCUACGAGGGUACAAGUGAGGGUGGCGGAUUCCGACCACCUCGUCCAUACCUCCUGGCAGAGCUGGAAAAGCUCACCAGCUCCUGGAGUCCUGAAAUGGAAAUUGGAUCUGGCGCAUUUGGCAAAGUCUACAGUGCUGUGACCGAUACAGGACAGGAGGUUGCAAUCAAGAGGGGACGAAGCUGUAGCAGAAUCAGGAGGGAGCAGUUCCAGAAUGAGGUGGCAGUGCUCUCGAGGGUCCAUCAUGUGAACCUGUUGCGAUUGCUGGGCUAUUGUGAAGAAGGAGACGAGGAGAUUCUGAUCUAUGAGUACAUGAGCAAUGGGUCCCUCAGCGAUCAUCUGCAAGAUCUGAGGUUCGGUGGAAUAACUUCUGGAGUCGGCGCCGGUCUGGAACUGCUUCAGCUCGGUGCGAUAUUCGAACCGGUAAGGGACUGCUUUUAUGACACAGCUGCAGAGCACGUCGGGCCCGGCGCUGCGGGUCGGGGUUGGUACCACCCCACAGACCUUGAUGAAUUUCCAGCCGCAGGGUUCGGGGCCUCGAGCGUGGGCAUGGGCCUGGUGCCAGAGCAUCGUAAUUACACCACGGAAGGAGGUUUUACCAUUGCUGUCCUAGAAAUAGCGAUGAGGAACCGCCAACUGGAACUACGCCAUGCUCUACAAGGUACGCGCGGCGUCCUUCUUCUUCCGCUGGUCAGCUAUGGCGGACUUCUCCUCAACGGCGAUGGCGCGUGGAAUAGCGGGUACCAGCUCUGAUACCAAUGCAAUCAGACUCG